CAGCCAGUGACGUUCUUGUCCCAGAAUGCUGCCUGGUAAACAGACAUGGAAGCACCUGGUGAAGACCUCCACAGUCACUGAGCACUACACUCGCUCUUUGAACUGAUCUUCAUUUUCAAUACACCCUAAAGCCUGCGCCUUUGUUCUCUCUGGCACUCUACCGGGACCUCUGAAGUCCAGGGCAUUGAUUCCCUCACCAGCUUGUGUGGCAGUCUGGAAUCACCAAAGCUGAUGAGGAUCUACUGACUUGACCAGUGUUGUUCCAAUUUUUACUUUUGACAAGCGGAAAGAAUGUCGGAAAGGGCCGAUGAUGACGUCAGGGGGGAGCAGCAGCAGCGCAGAGCGGCCAGGCUGAAGCAGCAGCAGACACAGCUCCAGCGGGGAGAAGCCUCCACAGCAAUGGCGACUGUGGCGGAGCGCAGAUCCCUGCCUAGUCCUGAAAUAAUGCUGGGACAGCCUUGGAGCAGCUGGGUCGAUGCUGUGAAACUCUACGGGAGCGACGGUACAGAAUUGGAAGAAAGUUUGAAAGAGUGCGGGAAAAAUCGCGAAGCCAUGAGACUCUGCAGAGACGACAUGCCCAUCUUUGGCCAAUGUCCUGCACAGGAUGACUUCUACCUGGUCAUGUGCAGCCACUGCAGUCAGGUAGUCAAACCCCAGGCCUUCCAAGCACACUACGAGAGAAGACACAGCUCCAGCAGCAAGCCCCCAUCCAGCUAUCCCGCCUCUGCUGCAUUUGCAAUCUCUCGAAAUAAGGGCAGCAUUGGGGGCGGAGUUGGGGGCGGGACCGUCAGUGGAAGCACACUGGCACGCACCUCCAGCACAAACAGCAGCGUCCCCACUAAAAUCUACAAACCAACCAAAGAGAAGCCUCCUCACCGGAAGCCUCACUUCCCCUAUAGGGUGCUGCAAGAAGAGAGCCCAAUUCCUGUUGUUAAAGUAGAGAAGGUCCCUCUGAAGGUGGAAUCUUCAGCCAAGCUCCCCCACGUGCCCGCCUCUUCUUCCACCUCCACCUCCUCUUCCUCCAAUACUGUGAGCACCUCUCCCCUGAAGUCAGGCCUUAACUUCCCCUCCAUACCAAAGGCUCCUCUGCUGGCCCCUGGUCAGAUCCCUAAUGGAAAGGGCCACCUUUCGUCCCAAGACAAGAAAACGGACAGCAGCAGUGCCAGUAGCAGAAGACCCUUGUACAAGAGACAAGAGCGAGAGUUUAAUCCAGAUAUCCAUUGUGGGGUUAUGGAUAUGACAGCACAUAAGCCAUGCACAAGAUCCUUAACAUGCAAGACACAUUCCAUAAGCCAGAGGAGGGCGGUGCUCGGGCGGCGGCAACGCUUUGACACGCUGCUCGCUGAGCACAAGAGCAAAGCACGGGACAAGGAGUUGCACUUCAGGUUGGACCCCUCACACCCAGCACCCCCUCUCAGGGACCCUCACCCUCCCCACUCCCGCCUCCCACAAGACCCUCACCCGGUCUCCCAUGGCAAUGGCACUGCUGAUGCCACCAAGCCUUUGCCCCUCAAACCCAAACCUCAUAAUUCUGGGCUUGCACGACUUAACAACAGUAACUUUCACAGUGGAGGAGACCCAGCCAUGGCCCACGACCAGACCCACCACUCUCACCCGGCCCCUGUUAGUACUGAGAGCAGCCGCCUCUCCAGCGACGAGGGGGAGAACGAGGAGAGGGAGGAAGCUAUGGAGAAACUGGACUGCCAUUAUUCAGGUUACCACCCACGACCAGCCGCUUACUGCACUUUUGGAAGUCGAUUGUACGGUAGAGGAUGUUAUGCGUUGGACCGCCGCUGGGAUCAAGUACGGUGUGCUCUCACCACCAUGCUGGACAAGCAUGUCAACUCACAAAUGUGGAAGAAAAUCCCUCUGGCGUUGGAGAACUCUGCAACAACACCGACAGCCUCUCACCGGACAAGCACAAAUUCCCAUUCUUCCUCAUCCUCCUCCAUUUCUGCAGGCUUUCUCAGCCUGUCUUCGUCGCCGCCUUAUGAUAGCAAGCCUGUCCUGUCGUACGGCACUACCCUGAACGCCCGCUCUUCUCCGCAAGCCUCCGCAAGCGAGCAGCCCGCCUACAGUGGCGCUUCUAGACAAGUGUCAGCCUCAUCACCCCAGAUGCCUUCAGCCCACUUGUCCUCGCUACCCUCGUUGGGCUCCAACCGACCCCUCAAAUCCCGAUCUGGUACAAAAUCCUUUAGGGCUCGGGAGCCAUCCUCCAGCCUAAGUAACUCUGUCGUCAAGACAGACGACAGACGACAGAAUAACAGCAGUGUUAGCGUCAGCGGAAGUGCGAGCGGGAGCCUCAGUUUGGGAAAGAAGCGGAAAAACAGUUCCCUGCUAACCUCCCAUAACACUUACACCUCGGAAUCAUCCUCAUCCUCCUCUUUUAAGAAGAACUGCGCAGUAAACGUGGGUAGCCUGGGCAGUGCCUAUCAUUCCUCGCUCGCCUCCACCCCCACUUCGUCUUCGUCGUCAUCAGCGUCGUCGUCAUCCCACAGUGGGGUGUACAGUGUGGGGGUAAACUGCACCCCAGGCAGGGCCAACUCCCUGAGCUUGAAGCAGGAAUCGACGGGACGUGGCCCUCCUUCUGGCAGCCCCGCUGAGUCUAUUAAACGCAUGAGUGUGGUGAUGAACAGCAGCGACUCCACCCUCUCCCUCGGGCCGUUUGUUCACCAGAGCAGCGAUCAUCACGCAGAGGCACGUCUAGAAGCCAAACGGAGGAAGGGUUCGCCUGGCUCAAGUAGCCUCAACAGCACAGCGUCUGGAGCAGGAGGGGGUGGAGGACAAGGUCCUGGCAGGCCCAAAAUGGCCAAGUCUCCAUCAAUCAACAACAUCCACGGCAAGCACGCUCGCUCUAUACCCGGACCACCAGGGCUCCCUAACAAUUCACUCAUACAUCAGCCAAAGGCUCGUCCCUGACACCGGUGUGGAGGCUCUGAGCGUGCUGAGCAGUAGGCUGGACCCAGAGCUCCCUCGGCCCCCUCAUGCCACUCUGCACGAGGCCUUCUUUUUCUCUUACUCUUCCCACAAUCCUCAGGGUGGAAUGCACACUGGGUGGCCCAUUUGAUGUCCUUCGUGGGGAUAUACUCCCAAAGCCAUGCAGGGGGCACUCUCCUGGGAUAGGAUAAUAAGCCAGAGAGAUCUAGUUCUCCUGUCGGUGGUUAUAAUGAAUCUAUACAAUGCACCAUUGGGUACAACGCCUGCUGCGUAGAGCUACCCAGCCUGAGCACUUGCGCUGGGGUCUGAAGGUACAGAUUUGGGCUGGUACGUAGCCUCACCAACACUACCAAGCAUAGGAGGGAUGGGCGACACAAACAAGAUGAGUUCUUCGGUAUGUGUGGACUACUGGAAACUGAAAUCCUACUCAGCCUUGGAGGAAGUGUACAGGAGAGGAACAUCCCUUCAGUAGACGCACAAUCAACUUAAGUUAAUCAUAACACAUGAUCUCUCUCUGGAAGGCUGAAUAAGAUCAAGCUACGCUCCCUGCAGAUCGACACGACAGGAGUGGAGUUUCAACACGAGCAACCUAAACUUAAAAGAUUAUGCAAACUAGACAUUUUUACACCACAUUUUGUUUACAGGCUAGCAAAUGUAUAGCAAACAGAACAAAAUACCAUUUAUCAUACACUUUUUGUGGAAAGAAAUGAAUCAUGUUUAAAUUUACAUAGUUUUGUUUUAUUUCAAGGGAAUUUUUAUGAACUUCGGCUAAUGGAGUUACUUUUUUUUACAGAACAAUCCAACCCUGACUUGAACUCUAACACCCUGCAUUACCUAAAGCACUUGAUUCCCCCCCCCCCCCCCCCCCCAUUCAUUUGAAUAAUUUCAGGUUUGUUAGUUGCCUAGCAUGUCUUUACUGAAUCUCUGAGCAACAGUUGUCUCUUGAAGCUCCAAAAAAUAUUCAGUUUUAGGUACAUUAAGGGCUUGAUUCAGUAAAGCUUUUUAGCACAUGCGAAAACAACUGCAGGAACAAAACGAGAGACCGCAGGUGACGUCUCGCCUCCAAUUACCCAUUGUAGCACUAAAGAAGCAUGUGCUGAAAUCUUAAUGUACUAAAAUCUGCAGUCUUGCUCGAAAAUGAUUGUAGGAGAGCCAUUUCCUGGUGUCAAUGCCUUAGGCAUGGUAUUGUUUUUUUGCCGUUUCAAUCUCAGAAAGGGGCUUAUGGCUAGUUGCUGUUGAGCCAUAGACCAACAUUACAGACACACUAUCAUCUCAGCAAUGGAGUAGACAUUUUCAUGACUCAGUACUGUGAGACACAUAUACAGUAGUCUGGCCAUCCCCAUCUCAUGAAAUAACCACUAACUUGUACUGCGACCCAACGUUCCUGCAUUGAUCCGACACGAACCUAAAGAGGUUAGUAGCUGGACAUUCUGGUUUAAAUCUCAUUUUCAUUGUGGGUCUGUCAACUUAAAAAGGCAAUAGAUCCUUUUUUUGGCUCGUUGAUCUUCAGAAGAGAUGUUGAGCUGGAUUUUGUGUAAGUUGGGUCUUCUCUUUAAAACUCCUGUAAAUUCCUGAACUCCACUGAUGUCAGUCAGCAAUCGUUGCUGAGAAGUAGAGCAUGAAUUUUUUUUUGUGUGUGUGUGCGUGUAUUUUUUCCCUUCAGCUUUUUCGUACACGAAACCGAAUACGAAUAUUGAAGUAUCCCUAUUUCAGAAAUACAUAUUUUGUUAAAGAAUUGUACAUAUGGAGAUGUAUUUUUGCACAGGCAUUUUCGUAAAACUUUUUGGUACAAUUGAGAUCACUAUUAUUUAUUUAGUAAAUGGAAACAUUCUAAGAUUAUUAGAAGUGGUUCACUGCCAAGCAAAUAAUGCAAUACGCCACUCUAUCCAGACACCGCUUCUUGUUAGUCACAUGCCGAGUUCCCCCAGACAGAUUGUUGCCACAGUAGUGGGAAAUCAUCCACCGUAUAUAUAUAUUUUUUAGGUGUUAAUAGUGCUUUCCCCCCUCCCAUUUCAAUCCAAGAGGUCAGAGAAUGUGAUCAAAAUAGCCCGUUACAACUGUGCAAAAGAUUUCUGGCUGGCUGAUGUAUUUUGUAGGACUUUUCUAACUGGAAGAGGGAACAAAACAGUUGUACAGUGCAAAAGGUGCACCACUGUUGCCAAAUGUUUUAAUUGGAUACAUUGCUUUUUAAUUACUUAUUCAUUUGCUUUUAUUUAACGCUGACAAAAACAAAAAAAGAGAAAGUGCCUGAAUUAGUUUCUCAUUGACUGUUGUUAAGGCAGAGCUUUUUAUUUCAUGUAUUCAUUUUUCCACAGUACUUGAAUGUUAUAUAAAGGUUAAGAAACUUUUUAAACCUGCCUAGGAAUCUCAUACGUCGCCCUUUCCCCCUUCAAGUAGAGCGGUAACUGAUUGAUGAAAUGCAUGGCAGAGGAGUGACACUUGACACUGACAUGAGAAAAGCUUCCUGUCUGUCCCUUGUAUUCUUUUAUGACUACUUUUGAUAUUUGAAAUUUUCAAAGUGAGAGGGAUAGAUAUUUUUGUGGCAAAGUCAGUGAUUUCAACCAAUGUUUUAGGCAGAUAAAUGUACUGUUUACCUUGAAAUUGUAACUCCACUGUUUUCAGAUGACGAAAGCUUUGUAAAGAUGUUCGAUUAAACAACAGAUUUGGAAUGUGAAUCUAAGAUAAAAACAGUUUGCUUUUUGGGGAAGAAGCCUCUACAUAUAAACCUAUGUACAAGUGUGUAUAUUUUGAUUUCUUUCUUUUUUUUUGUAUACAUAUUCAAAAAUCAUUUGAUCAGCUGGACUUUUGUGUGUUGGCUGCUAUGUAAUUCAUGAACAAACACAGUAGGGUAGAUUUACUUAAUAUUUAAAGAAAAGAUUGUAUAGUAUAUUUGUUUUGUAACAAGUUUCUGUAAAUAUAUAAAAAAAAUAAUUUAUACAGUUAUUUAUAAGAAAAA